GCGGCAGCUGAAGGGUGGCUGCGAGGCACAGCCAGGCUAGCUGAGGGGCGGGCGGGAGUGAGCUGAGGGAACCGGGGCAGCUGCUGAGGGGAAACGCUGAGGGACAAGCAGGAACGAGCAGGAGCUGCGGGAACAGGGGCAGCGGCUAAGAGGACACAGAGAGGCCUCGUGGGGGCUGAGGAGGACAUGGUUUAGUGCUAGAGUUAGGUUACGGUUGGACUCGAUGAUCUUAAGGGUCUCUUCUAAGCGGGAUGAUGAUUCUACGAGAAGACCAGCCACGGGCAGGUGCUGAGCCCUGGGAGAGCCUGAGCUUGUGCGGCUGGGGGAGCAGAGAGGACAGGUUCCCUGAAAGUGAGGGAAAACUGAGAGGUUUGGGACGCUGGAGAAGUGCUGAAAAAGUAGCUGUGGUCCCACAUAAAUGCAUACGUCUCCAUGGCCUUUCACGGCAUCUUCCAGGAGAAAUCCUGGUCCUGUUUCUCGUACCAUCUGGUUUUGCAUAAUCACCUGCCAGCACCUGGGGAGCUGAGAGGGGAAGAUAAAGGCACUGAAAGAUUAAGGCUUGCUCGAGAUCAAACAGAAAAGCAGCAGAAGGUCCUGAGUCCCAAACAUUGUUUCUGGGUCUGAGUCAGUGCCCUGUAAAUAAGGCUGUAAUGCUUCCCGAUUCCACAUUCCAGUAUGCAGUGUGUGCUGCUGAGGAAGGGCAGAGGGCCACUGCGCGCAGGUGUCCCACAUGUUGGACUGCAGAGUGCAGCUUCAGGAAGAAAAUGACGACCAUGGGGUGCAAUUCGCUCCCUGUCUGAUACCCCUCUGAGCAUCCAGCGGCACCGAACCACCCAAAAAAGCAGCAGGAGUGCAGUGAUUCGACAAUGCGAGGGCAGAUGCUCUGGACGGUAGAGGAUGCUAGAGAAGAGGUCCAAGUGUUUUCCGAAGAGCUUUCCUGUUCACGUGCUCUGUGUCUCCAUGUGCUGAUAAUCAAAAAAACCAGGAUUUGCGAGGAAGUUUUUGCACUUUGAGACACAACAAUGGUGGCACAGAUCCUGUUCAAGUGGAUUCUAAAAGGGCUUAUUCUGCCUUUUCUACUCAAAACUACUCUGUCCCUAAACCCAGAUGAUCCUAAUGUUUGUAGUCAUUGGGAAAGCUACGCUGUGACAGUGCAGGAAUCUUACGCUCAUCCUUUUGAUCAGAUCUACUAUACCAGAUGUACUGACAUACUGAACUGGUUCAAGUGCACUAGACAUAGAAUAAGUUAUAAAACAGCGUAUCGAAGAGGACUAAGAACUAUGUAUCGGCGAAGAUCUCAGUGCUGCCCUGGAUAUUACGAAAGUGGAGACUACUGUAUACCACUGUGCACAGAGGAGUGUGUGCAUGGGAGGUGCGUUUCUCCUGACACUUGUCACUGCGAACCAGGAUGGGGAGGCACCGAUUGCUCGAGUGGAGGGGCCACCUCGGGGGAGCCCAGCGCCGCGCUGGCCGAGACCAGUGGGAACGGCAGCUCCGACAGUUGCGACAGCGAUCACUGGGGACCUCACUGCAGCAACCGCUGCCAGUGUCAGAACGAAGCUCUCUGCAACCCCAUCACGGGCGCCUGCGUCUGCGCCGACGGGUACCGUGGCUGGCGCUGCGAAGAGCUGUGCGACCCCGGGAGCUACGGCAAGGGCUGCCAGUUCCAGUGCCAGUGUCACAACGGAGCCACCUGCGACCACAGAACGGGAGAAUGUCACUGUGCUCCCGGAUACACGGGGGUAUUCUGUGAAGAGCGUUGUCCCCCCGGCAGCCACGGAGCUCAGUGUGAAUUGCGCUGCCCUUGCCAGAACGGCGGAGUUUGCCACCACAUCACCGGAGAGUGCUCCUGUCCUGCUGGAUGGAUGGGGCUGGUGUGUGCGCAGCCGUGUCCUCCUGGAACAUUUGGAAUUAACUGCAGCCAGGACUGUCCAUGCCACAACGGAGGGCACUGUGAUCCCGUGACAGGAAAAUGCAUCUGUACAGCUGGCUACAUAGGAGACAGGUGUCAAGAAGAGUGCCCUAUCGGGACAUAUGGCUUUCAGUGCACACAGAGAUGUGACUGCCAAAAUGGUGCAAAGUGUUAUCAUGUGAAUGGAGCAUGCCUGUGUGACCCUGGAUUUAAGGGGAUUUAUUGUCAAGAAAGAAUGUGUCCAGAAGGGUUUUAUGGCCUCAAAUGCAACAAGAGAUGUCCCUGCAAUAUUACCAACACUCUCAGCUGCCAUCCAUUGUCUGGAGAGUGUAGCUGCAAGGCUGGCUGGUCCGGACUCUACUGCAAUGAAUCCUGUCCCCCAGGGUCAUACGGCGAGGGCUGCCAGCUCACCUGCCCCUGCCACAACGGGGCAGAUUGCGACAGCGUCACAGGGAAGUGUUCGUGUGCACCAGGAUAUAUGGGAGAUGACUGCACCAUUACCUGCAUGGCAGGAACCUACGGAACCAAUUGCUCAUCAGUUUGUAAUUGCAAAAAUGAUGGUGCGUGUUCCCCUGUGGAUGGUCUGUGCUAUUGCAAAGAAGGGUGGCAAGGAGUGGAUUGCUCUAUUCCAUGUUCCAGUGGAAGUUGGGGUCUUAACUGUAACCAGACGUGUUAUUGCACAAACGGAGCAGCAUGCAGACCGUCCGAUGGCUUUUGUCUCUGCUCACCUGGGUGGCAAGGGGACUUCUGUGACCAGCCGUGUCCUGAUGGAACAUAUGGUCUUAAUUGCAGCGAACGUUGUGACUGUAGCCACGCAGAUGGGUGCGAUCCUGUCACAGGUUACUGCUGCUGCCUUGCAGGCUGGACAGGCAUCCACUGUGACAAUACAUGUACCCAGGGCCGCUGGGGACCAAACUGCUCCAUCUCCUGCAACUGUGAGAACGGGGGAUCCUGCUCCCCUGAGGAUGGCACCUGUGACUGUGCACCAGGAUACAGAGGACCCUUGUGCCAGAGAAUUUGUCCCCCUGGCUUUUAUGGACACCACUGCAGCCAGCCGUGCCCUCAGUGUGUGCACAGCAGCGGCCCUUGUCACCACGUGUCGGGACACUGUGACUGCUUGCCUGGAUUCUUCGGCGCUCUCUGCAACCAAGUCUGCCCCAGUGGAAAAUACGGGAAGGACUGUGCUGAGGUGUGCCAGUGCACCGAGAACGGGACGUGCAAUCCGAUGGAUGGAUCGUGUCAGUGCUUCCCAGGCUGGAUAGGGACCGACUGCUCUCAGACUUGUCCCACUGGGUUUUGGGGCCCUGAUUGCUUUCAUUCUUGCAACUGCCACAAUGGAGCCAUGUGCAGCCCUUACGAUGGAGAGUGUAGAUGUACCCAUGGUUGGACCGGGCUCUACUGUACUCAGCGUUGCCCAGCUGCUUUUUAUGGAAAAAACUGUGCCAAUGUUUGUCAGUGUCAGAACGGAGCGGACUGUGACCACAUCACUGGCCAGUGCACCUGCAGAACGGGAUUUACAGGCAAACAAUGUGAGCAAAAGUGCUCACCAGGAACAUUUGGCUAUGGCUGCAAACAACUAUGCGAAUGCAUGAAUAAUGCCACGUGUGACCAUGUCACAGGUACUUGCUACUGCAGUCCAGGCUUCAAAGGAAUCCGGUGUGAUCAAGCGGCUCUUAUGAUGGAAGAAUUAAACCCCUAUACUAAAAUUAGCCCUGCUCUUGGAUCAGAGAGGCACUCAGUGGGAGCAAUCAUUGGAAUUAUUAUUCUCCUUCUAAUUAUUAUGGUCUUGCUGGCUCUGUUUGUGUGGUAUCGACGGAAACAGAAGGAGAAGGGCCAUGACAUGCCAAGUGUAUCUUAUACUCCAGCCAUGAGGAUGACUAAUACAGAUUACUCACUUUCUGGACCACUCACGGACUACACUGUGACUCAAUUCACCACUUUAGCAAUAGAUCUACAUAUGGUAAAUGGUAAGACCGCUCUUCCUUUAGAGCCUUAAUAAGCUGAGGUGGGGCAAAGGAUAAGGAGCAGAGGAAAAAGGAAAUACAAUUGAUUUCAUCGAGGCUGUCAGCUUUAAAAAUGAUGGGGCUUGCAGAGUGUGUCACCUUAAUCCAAAUGUAGCUCUGCUAAUGGGAAAGCCAUGAGAACAAAAGACAAAAAGACACUAUUCUACGAGACUGGGUAUGCAAAAAUAUGUCUUUAUGUUCUCCUGUAAGUCAUUUCUCGGUUAUUAAAAGAAAAUCUCAUUAAAAUGUAAUAAAAAGGCUGGCUCCAGAGAUUUCUCAGAAGUUUAGACAGAUGUGUAAAUAUGCUUUCUGAUGUAGAUGGUCCCUUUGCAUCGUGCAUUUUUGGUCCCCAAAUUGAAAGUGCAAACGUUCAUAAUGUCAAAUGUAGGAUGAACACCAUGAGUGUGGGUCUGGACCACUAAUCCUGUUGCAGUAAUUUAAAUUAAUUCAGAAAAGGUCAAAGAAAGCAUCUCUCCUGGUUUCCCAGCCUGCAGUGCCAUCUUGUCAUGGUGCUACUUCAAAUAUUAAGCUGCUGAAAAGGUUUAAAACCCAAGUGAUGCAUUUGGACUCGCCUGGAAGCUGCUCACCCUGAUGUGGGUCUGUCUGUCAGUGGUCGGUCUGAUAUAUAAACAAGAAAACCCAAUGGAAUUGGUAUUUUCAGGGCACCUAUCAAAAUAUAUGGCCUGACUUUUCCUUAGAUCUCUCACCACCUUACUUAUUCAUGAGAGUGCUUUGCAGUGCUGAAUAGCUGAGGAUGGCCAAAAAUAUGCUGCUUCUGUCCAUGCAGUUCUCCAGCCAACUAAGACAAAAGAGAAUAUAAAGCCCCUAAUGGCCUUCUGAACGAGUUUCAUUUCCAAAUUGGUUUGUCUGGUGCCAUUCCCACUUUCUGCAGGGAAAUGUGCACACGCUGUACUUGGAGGAUUUAUUUCUUUAUAGUGCCAGCUGGGGUCACAAAGGAACCGGCGCAGAUGCAAAAUGAAAAAAAAAAAAGGCAGAGGAAUCUCUGAACUGCUGAGCCAGAGCCUGAGAUGUAUUAAUGUUGUGCUCAAAGGAGAUGGUGCCCUGAGGCGAGGGGCUGGAGCUGUUCCAGGACUUCUUUCAGAGCUUGGGCAGAGGGACAAUACAAAACAGGGCCAGGGGAUGUGCAGCCCUGCUCCAGUUUGAAACUUUCUGGUAUGCUUCCAUGCUCCUCUUGUCCUCUUCACUCUUCCUGUGUCUUUGCCUUCUCCCUUGGUGUUCUCUUCACUCUGUUAUCUUUCCUCUUUCCUCCCAUUUCUGUGUUCCUAUUCUCUUUUCUCACCCAGCCAUCUAUCUAUUCUUUCUGUUUUCCUCCCUGCUCUCUGCUUUCCUCUCCCAGCCCCGUCAUGGCUCAGCGGGGUCAGGACACCAGGCGCAGCCGUCCCGCGCUGUUGGCUGCGUUUACAGCCCCUGCCGCUGUUCUCGGUGCACACAGCGGUGAGCAAGGUGGGCUAGGAUGGCUGAGAGCAGCAGCUCAAAGGUCCAGCAUUGCACUGAGCACUGGUUUGUGAGACAAGGGAGCAGUGCCAAGCCUUCCCACAUCUCUUCCAGGAUGAGGGGGAAGGUAUCUCUCCUCUUUGCUCCUCUGCCAGACAGACAUUUGGCCACUUCUACGGACCCUACACAUGUCCUGGAGGUAAAAACUUUGAAGCUGCUGAGCAGCAGGUAUGAACAGAGGCAUUAAAAUCCUCCUGUUGUGUACAGGAGUGGUGAGCGGUGCCAGCAGAGCGCUCAGGCUGCAGCACAUGCAGGCGAGAGCAAGUGGGAGGAUAAGGGGGAGCAUAUCAGAAGAGACUAAAAAAAGGCUUGGCUUCUUUUAUCUAGCAUAAUGAAUGCUGAGAGGGAGUAUGAUUGCCAUCUAUAAAUACGACGAGGUAAACACUAGGAGGGAGAAGAGCUGUUUAAGCGAGAUGACAGAGCUGGCACAAGAAAAAAUGAGGAUGAACUGGCCAUGAAUGCAUCAAGGCUGGAAAUGAGAUUUCUAACAUCAGAUCAGGGAGAGUUUGGAAUAGCUUCCCAGCAAGACUAAUGGAACAAAGAAAUCUGAUUACCGUUGAAAUGGAGCUUGAUCAGCUAUCUAAGUGAUUACAUGCAUAGGUGUUUGCAGUAGAAGGCGGCUGGACUCAGGGGCUGAAUGAUCAAAGCCUUUCCAGUCCUGUGUCCCUAACACCCGACCCAGCUGCCAGCAGGAGCUGGUAGAGCUGAGCUUUGAAUCUCCGUGCAAAGUCCAGGAGAACAGCUCUGGGGCUGAGGCUCCUACAUCUCAGUGCAGAAUAUUAACUGCCAACACUUGCUACAAGUAAAUGCUCUUGAGCUUGCAAAGUCAGCUUGGGUGAAAUGCUGGCCACAUUGCAGUCAAUCAAUAUUUUAUUAUGCUAUUAGUUUAAGUGAAGCCAAAAUUUGACCUUUGCCUAUUAAGUCCCACAAGUAGGUUUGGCCUUUAUUCUUAUUAUAUGUGCAGCAGCAAAUAAGAAGUUACCAAAGGUAUCAUACAUAAUCUCAAGUGAGAUUGUGCCACAGAAUUACUGCUCCAGUAUUUGUCAAAGCAACAAAUAAGAGAUACACACCUCCGUACCUGUAUCUUCACAUCAGAGCUCUCAUUGCUUGAGUUAAAGAGCAGAUUUUCAGCGGCUGGGGUCCUAUUUUGCUCAGAGGGAGCUCAGUGGGACCAUUCACAGAACCACUCUCAGAACCUCCACGCCAGCUCUGUAUUUGAGAUUUUGAAUUGUGCAUGGAUGUAGGAAUAUAUCUCACUUUCACAAAAGGCUGCAAAAAUAUGUGAAAAAUACUCUGUAUAAAGCAUGAGGCUGCCACGCCGGUGUGUCACAAGCAAAUGGAGGAUUCUCACCUUGCGCUUUUGCAGAGCUCUUAAUUCUCCCCUCACUCCCUGCCAAAGGAGAAGAGCAUCGCAGCUGAAGCCCGGGUGUUGCUGGUGUCUACACACAUCAUAAAAAUCAAUUGCUAUUUGAUGUCGUGAAUUUUUAAAGCCAGUAGAUUCACAGCUAUUAAAGGAAGUUCUAAAUUCUGCCAAGGACUUCACAUAAAAUUAGAAACUGCGAAAGAGAGGUCACUGGAAAUGGUCUGACUGGAUGUCACCCAGCUAAUAAAAAGGAAUUCAACCACAGAAACAUCAUUAGACUACCUGUGACUAAAACUUUCCCAAGGAAAAGGAAGACAGCAAAUACAGGAUCACUGCAGCAUUUCAGGAUGAGCAUUUUAAACUGAGAAACAUGGGCUUGGCCAAUGGAAACCUGUAGUCUGGGAAGCUAAUGGGAAAACUCUUCUCAGUUGCUCUCCUGGAGGAUGAAGGUGUGAUGGAGUGCCUGCCAGCACUUCCCUCGUCACCAGGGCUGCUUCAGGAACCUGAGCUGCGACAAAUGGCAUCGCCACUGUGAUCUAUCCAGGCUUUCAGAUGGGCAGACAGUGACUUUGCUUUACUCAAGCAAGUAUCUCAUUGAUCUUAAAGGAAAAGUUGCCAAAUGUGAGGUAGUUUUAACCAAGUCACUAAAAUUACAAGCUUGGAUUUUUACUGGGUAAAUUUACUGUGAAGUAUUAUUUCCCUCCAGAAAAGCAAUUUUGCUUCACACUAAUAAUUGGAGUAUCUUUUAUCUUUAAAAAAGUUAACAAAUUAUAGUGUGUUGAGAAACGAUAGUAGCACGAAGAGACAGCUAUAAUCACAUUUCUUUGUAAUUACUGCAUUCUGAAAAACUCAGAAAUGUCCCCAAAUAAUUUCAUUAAAAAAAAAAAAUCAAUUCUAGCCCAUAGCUCUUCAUGACAAAUUUUAGGUCGUGAGCUGAUUUAUAAAUC